AAAACCCCCUUCUUCAACCCUUUUCUUCUUCAGUAGUUCUUGAGUCGCUCUCGCUGCGACAGUGCAUCUUCGUUACUGCAAUGGAGACUCCAUCAUCGGCGAGAAGAAUCACAAGAUCGAAUGCCGCCGUCGCCUCGGCCAACUCCCAGAUCAAGUGCAAGCAAGACGAUUCUUUGUAUCGUGCGAGAACCAGAAACGGCGGCGAGCGCCCGGUGCUUCUCGACGUCACCAACGAAUCCCCCGUCGUUGGGCUUGCGUCUGGAGGCUUCCUCCCGGCGGAGAAGAGUGGUGUCCUAGCCGGAAGGAGGACUCCUGGAUCGGGCGAGGAGGUGCUCCGCGGGCAGGUGCGGACGCUGCUGCGAAAGGUUGAGGAGGAAGCCGAGCAUCCCACCUUCGCAUUAGGGCAACUCCAUCGUCCGUCGCCGCCGCCGCCUCUGUUCUCUGUACUCUCGGCAAUUGUUAAAUCUCCGGAGGAGUUGCUUGCUCCGACGCCGGCCAACACGCCCCAGAUUCCAGGUGAUGGAGAUUUCGCGCUAAUAGAGACAACAAUCGCUUCAUCUCGCAUUCUUUCGCAAAACGAUCACCGAGAUUUCCAGGCAGAGGAGAUGCUCAUCGCUCAAGAAUGCCAGCUCAACCGGGCGCUGACAUUUGAUUCGCCCGAAAAGUCGGACUUGUCUGAUGACAUUUCGACGAUCUCAUCGUCGUUGACGUAUGAAUGCGGCAGCAUCUGCCUCGAGAAUUCCCGUGAGGAUGACAACUCCUCCGCCUGGUCCAUUCAGGUUAACGUCAGCACCAACUCCGACACCGACGACGACGAAGAAGAUGUCGAGGAAGGAGAAGAAGGAAACCCAGAGGAAUCGCUGGAUGACUUGUGCGAAAGUCUGAAGAAGAUGCGGGUGGAGGACGAGAAGCCAAGAUUGCCGGAGUUCGCCGGGAAACAUACAAGAUUCUUGUACAACAGCAACGACGAGAUCGAAGGAGAAGAGGCAGUGGGUGAAUGGAAGGUUGUUUCGCCGAGCGUCGUAGUGUUAAAGGGGCUGACCGUGCCGGAAGGGACGCAUCUUCGUUUCCAGGAGGAAGACGAAGAGGAAUAGCAGCAAUAAUCGAUGUCUUUCUGUGACAUCGCUUUCUUAAUUUCUUUUUCAUUUGGAAGCAACAUUUUCUACUUCCUGCUGCUGUUCUGUUCAUUUCAAUUUUCAUCAUCGUGUUCGAUCAAAGGAUUGAAAACUAAUUGAUCUAUAAACUGCAACCUGUUC